UUACAGGCAACUGUCACAACUCUUGAAUGCUGUAGAUGUGUUCCAGUCAUUUUCCCAAAUUUUAGUUGAAGAGGAGGAUGUAAAUUUUGCAUGUAAGAUGGUGCAGAGCCUCAAUACAAUCCUCUUAACCUCAACAGAGCUAUUUGACAUAAGGAACCAACUGAAGUCUCUCAGUACUCAAGAAAGCUGUGUUCUAUUCUGCUGUUUGUAUCAGUCUUGGUGUCACAGCCCUGUUGCCACUGUAUCGUUGUGCUACCUGUCCCAAAACUACCGUCAUGCCUGUGAUCUUCUCCUGUCGUUUGGUGACCUUGAGGUAACUGUUGACUUCCUGAAAGAGAUUGACAAAUUAGUCCAGCUGAUAGAAUCUCCGAUAUUUGCAUACCUACGGCUACAGCUGCUGGAGAACAACCAAGAGCUCAUCAAGAGCCUGUAUGGACUGCUCAUGUUACUACCCCAGUCUGAGGCCUUCAAACUGCUGCGGUACCGUCUAGACUGUAUACCCCACUAUCAACUAGCCACCGUCAAUGAAAAGCUCAAGGGGAAAGCCCAACAAGAUCAGCGCCCUCUAGUGUCAAAGAUCAACUUUCCAGAUCUCCUCAAACAUUUUCAGAAAGUCCAGGAAAAGCAUCGAGAGGCUCGCCGUAAAAUGGCUUUCAAAGGGAGAAUGAUGGGGCACGUACAAUGAUGGUACAAUGAUGGGAAACGUACAAUGAUGGUACAAUGAUGGGGCACGUACAAUGAUGGUACAAUGAUGGGGCACGUCCAAUGAUGGGGCACGUACGAUGAUGCAUUGAUCAAAUUACGUUUCACAGAGUAUGUGUAUGAUUUCCUAAUGAGUCCAUGCAAAGCACCGGUAUGGUCAAGCCAUACUUAUUUUAAUCAUAAUUAAGCUAUUAAGCAAGGACUCUCUAAGUGUUGAUUUAAAUAGCUACAGUACAAAAAAAUUGACAUUUGCCAUAUGUGAAAAAGAAGGUGUUCGUUUUCAAAGAAAAACCUACUUGUACCUGUGUAUGACUGUCUACAAAUAAACUAUAUAUAAGAAUUA